AUGUGUGACCAUGAAUUUGAUGUUAUUGUAAUCGACAAUGGUUCUGGAGUUUGUAAAGCUGGUUUUGCUGGUCAUAAGGAGCCUUGUAUUAUCUUUCCCUCAAUUGUGGGACGUCCACAUCACCCAGGCUUUUGGCAUUCGUUUCGAUUGGAAGACAAUUAUGUCGGCAACGAUGCCCAAGCUAUACGAGGAAUUUUAUCUGUCACAAAUCCCAUAGAGCGUGGAAUUGUUACAAAUUGGGAGGAUAUGGAGAGAAUCUGGCAUCAUGUCUUCUACAAUGAAUUACGUGUCAAGCCUGAAGAAUAUCUUUUAUUGUUGACUGAGGCUCCACAUACCCCAAAGGCCGAUCGGGAAAAGAUGGCUGAAAUUAUUUUAAGACAUUCAAAACACCAGCAAUGUGUCACCCACGCUGUUCCAGUUUACGAAGGUUAUGCUUUUCCUCAUGCUAUUCUUCGUCUCGACGUUGCUGGCAAUGAUUUGACUGAUUAUUUAAUGAAAAUGCUCAAUGAGCGUGGUUAUUCUCUUAGUACAAGUUCUGAUCGAAAAACUGUUGAGGAAAUGAAAGAGAAACUUUGUUAUGUGGCAUUGGACUUUGAAAAGGAAAUGACAAAGGCAGCUUCGUCUUUGGAGAAAAAAUAUAAAUCGCAUUACAACGAAUUAUUAACUAUUGGAAAUGAGAGUUUCCGAUGUCCAGAGGCGCUCUUUCAGCCUUCUUUCCUUGGAAUGAAAAUGGAGGGCAUUCAUCAGACUUGCUUCAAUUCGAUUAUGAAAUGUGACACUGACGUCCAUAAAGAAUUAUUUGCAAAUAUUGUUCUCUCUGGCGGCUCAACAAUGUAUCCUGGGAUUUCUGAUCGUAUGCAAAAGGAAAUCACUGCCCUCGCGCCAUCAGAAACAAAAAUUAAAAUUACAGCUCCACCAGAACGAAAAUAUUCUGCCUGGAUUGGGGGGUCCAUUGUUGCAGGACUUUCUACAUUCCCAAAAAUAUGUAUGGGCAAGCAAGAGUAUGACGAGUUUGGUCCGUCGUUUGUACAUCGAAGGUGUUUUUAA